AUGGACGUCCCUAUAGAUGUACCGCCCGACAACAAGGUCCAAGAUAUCCAAGUGGACCGGCAAGUAAACCACCGGGCCCUGUCUUCGGCAUUAAGGAAACUGGACCUGUUCUUACUUCCCAUCGCUACCAUAGCCUACUUCCUCAACUUCUUGGAUAGAAGUAAUAUCGGUAAUGCAAAGGCAGCAGGUCUACAGACGGAUUUGAAAUUGACCAAUAGGCAAUAUUCAAUCGCUUUGACGGUCACAUAUGUUCCGUAUAUCGUUGCGGAGCUGCCUCUCACUUUGGCUAUGAAAAGAGUUGGUCCGCAUAUCCUCAUACCCACAUUGGUAGUCUCCUGGGGACUAGUCACGCUUUUCCAAGGUUUCGUACAUAGUUAUGGAGGGUUAAUAGCAGCUCGAUUCUUCCUGGGUUUGACGGAAGGUGCAAUCUUACCUGGUCUGGUAACCUACCUAUCAUCCUUCUACCACCGACAAGUACUAGGUAAACGACUAGCAUUCUUCUUCUCGGCUACUUCGUUAGCUGGAGCAUUCUCGGGACUGCUGGCGUCAGCUAUAUUAAACAUGGAAGGUGUAUCAGGAAAGAGAGGUUGGCAAUGGAUUUUCAUCCUCGAAGGACUCUUGACGGUUGUAUGCGGAGCCAUCACAUUCUUCAUCCUUCCCCGAGACUUAUCGACCGCACGAUACCUCACGAGUGAAGAACGAGAUGCUUUGAGAUUAGCCCAUGAGAUUGACGGGGGAGCUACAGCUGCUCAUGAGAGGUUCUCGUUCAAACAUAUGGUUCAAGCUAUGAGAUCACCUCAACUAUGGAUGGUAUUCGCGAUGUUCUUCGGUAACGGAGUCACUCUUUACUCUCUAGCAUACUUCGCGCCGACUAUCGUUCAGGGAUUAGGUUACAAAGGAAUAUCGAUCCAACUUCACUCUGUACCUCCAUACGCCUGUUCAGCAUUCGUCGCCGUCGUCGCAUGCUACAUGAGCGAUCGACUCAGACAUCGAGGUUCAUUCAUUGUCGGCGCCAGUAUAAUAUCAAUCAUUGGAUACGCCAUGUUCCUAGGCUCAACCAAUCAUCAUACGUUAUACGGAUCACUGUUCCUCCAAGUAAUUGGGGCAUACACCAUGGCUCCGUUGUUGUCGACUUGGAUGCCCAACAAUCUCGCUCCGUACUAUACUAGAGUCACUGGCAUUGCCUUCGGGUUCAUAUCUACCAAUUCAGGUGGUAUCUUGUCAACCUGGCUGUUCCCCACUACGGAUGCACCGAGAUACAAGAAAGCUACAUGGACAGCUAUGGGGUUGAGUAUCUCCAUCGCCGUUCUGGCAAUCAUGAACUCUAUCUUCUUGGCUAUACAGAACAAGAAUAGAGGGACAGUCCAGACUGUUCAGGAGAACCUGGAGGACUCCGUGGAUUCCUUAGAUGAUUUGGGAGAUAAGGAUCCUCGAUUCCGCUAUAUCACGUAG